AUGUCUGAAAAGACACCACAGGAGCAGAUUCCAGAUGGCCCACACGUGGCAGGCAGAGAUCGCCUAUCAUAUAUCAUUACAGCAUCUAAAGAGACCAUUGACUCGACAAACAAGGAGAUUGAAGAUGUUUACCCUGAAGGUGGACUUCGAGCAUGGCUCGUAGUAGCCGGCGCCUUUGUCACUCUAUUUUGUUCCCUUGGAAUGCAGUCUUCGGUCGGUGUUCUCCAAUCCCAUUGGGAGAAAAAUCAACUUCAGUCUUACACUCCGGGGACAAUUGGAUGGAUUUCGUCCGUCUUUGUUUACCUCAACAUGGUCCUCGCCGCGCAAGUGGGUCCAAUGUUUGACAAAUACGGUCCACGCUGGAUUCUGCUCAUCGGAUCUGUGCUUUUCACCCUGACUAUGUUCCUAUUGGGAUCAUGUAAAGAGUACUAUCAGUUCAUGCUCUGCCUCGGAGGUCUAGGUGGAUUGAGUGGUUCCUUGGUCACGACUCCAUCGAUGGUCGUCUUGUCGCACUGGUUCAAUCACCGCCGAGGCAUGGCGACUGGUAUUGCAAUGGUCGGAGCAAGUCUCGGUGGAAUUGUCUUUCCUUUGAUUCUAAGAGCAACUCUAGACUCUCUUGGUUGGGCCUGGUCGCUGAGAAUCAUUGGGUUCAUCUUCAUGGGGCUUCUUUCCAUUGGCAACAUUUGCAUCAAGACUAGACUUCCUCCCAAGACACGAAAGGGUGGUUUAAAUCUCCGCUCUUUUCGCGAUUCCCGACUUGUUUGGUUCACAGCAGCACAGUUUUGUAUGUUCCUCUAUCCCUAUCACCGUUUCAAAAGUCAUGAACUAAUUGGUCCUAAAGUCGGUCAGAUUGUCCUCGUCGCGUCUCUCGGCCUUGUUCCCUCAUAUGCCAUCGCGCAAGGGUUUAACACAGAAACAAGCUUAUACUUGAUGUCUGUUUACAAUGCUGGAGCUGCUGUUGGUCGGGGACUUUCAGGAUUCGCCUGCGAUCGGUUUGGACGUUUCAAUACGAUGGCAGUCAUAAUGGGUUUUACCACGGUCUUUAUAUUCGCUCUUUGGUACCCAUUCGGACAUAACGUCGGCGUAUUAUACACUUUUGUUGUUCUUAUGGGAUUCGGAACUGGUGCUAUCCUCUGUCUCAUCCCUGUCUGUAUUGCCCAAAUGUGCAAAACGGAGGAAGUUGGACUUUGGCUAGGAAACUGCUAUCUUGUCAUCAGUCACGGAUCCCUCGUGGCCAUUCCCAUCGGUGGUCAGCUCCUGAAGAUCAUUGGCCCGUCGAAUCUAGUGGCUUUCAUUGGCGCAAUGCUUGCAGUGUCUUUUGUGUGCCUACUUGGCGCGAGAUGGGCUUGCUUAGGUUAUAAUUGGAAGUGGUUUAUCACGAUGUAA